CAUACCUGUGGAAGACAAACGCACAUUAACGCAUUAACACACGAAGCUCUUUUAGUCCUGCGGUGAUUUUUAAACCCUCGGAGAAACACGGCGUCACUCCACUGUUGACCUUCAUGGUGGAUGAGCACAAUGUUCCUUCCCCUGAGCUUCAGAAAAUGAAUGCCUCUCUGUGUGACCCUGCAGCGGUUAUGUAUCAACUGGUGGCAGACCACCAACUUAAUACCAGCUGCAACUGCUCCUCUGGCCUUUCAAACUGGACAGCGAGGGGCGAAGCCCCUCAGCUGCCCACAUUCAGUACAGCGGCGAAAGCGAGAGUGAUCAUCACCUUCAUCCUCUGUGGCAUAUCUGCCUUUUGUAACCUGGCAGUGCUGUGGGCGGCUCGCAUAGAUGGGAAACGAAAAUCCCACGUGAGGGUGCUGAUUGUCAACCUGACGAUGGCGGAUCUGCUCGUGACCUUCAUCGUGAUGCCCGUAGAUGCGGUGUGGAACAUCACAGUUCAGUGGCUUGCCGGAGACUUUGCCUGCAGGCUGCUGAUGUUUCUUAAGCUGCAGGCGAUGUACUCCUGCGCCUUUGUCACAGUUGUGAUCAGUCUGGAUAGGCAGUCAGCCAUCCUCAACCCUCUGGCCAUCAAUAAGGCCAGAAAGAGGAACAGAAUCAUGCUCAUGGUGGCUUGGGCUAUGAGCGUUGUGCUGUCUGUCCCUCAGAUGUUCCUUUUUCACAAUGUAACCAUCAUCCAUCCCGAGGACUUUACUCAGUGCACAACACGGGGGAGCUUUGUCACCCACUGGCAUGAAACGGCCUACAACAUGUUCACGUUUUGCUGUCUGUUCCUGCUGCCGCUGGUCAUCAUGAUUACCUGUUACACCAGGAUCUUCUGUGAGAUCUCCAGACGACUGAAAAAGGACAAUUUACCUUCCAGUGAAAUGCACCUGCGGUGUUCAAAGAAUAACAUCCCGAGAGCCCGGAUGAGAACUCUGAAAAUGAGUAUUGUGAUUGUUCUGUCUUUCAUCAUCUGCUGGACUCCAUACUACCUGCUGGGCCUGUGGUACUGGUUCUUCCCUGACGACCUGGAGGGGAAGGUUUCCCACUCCUUAACUCACAUCCUGUUCAUCUUUGGGCUUGUCAACGCCUGCCUGGACCCGCUCAUCUACGGCCUAUUCACCAUCCACUUCAGAAAGGGGCUCCGGAGGUUUUAUACCGGCACCACCACAGCGGCUGAUCUGGAAAACAACACGGUCAUAACUGGGUCUUUUAGUUGCGCUGCCAACUCUUUGUCACUGAAACGGGAGGUGAGCCCUGCCAGCCCUGAGAGGCUCCUGCUGUGCAAAGCAGAGUGGACCCCACCGAGGAGCAGCUUUCUAACAGCCAACAACGACACAGACAGAAAAACUCCCAGUGCUGAGAGCAUCUUAUGAGAAGAAUACACUAUUGGUUUUACUGUUUUAUUUACUCAUAUUUAUUCGGUGUCAUGCUCUCAUAUGUAGGUACUCUCAUUCUCGUACACUCACCGGACACUUAAUUAGAUACACCUGUUUAACUGCUCAAAAACACAAAUAUUUAAUCAGCCAAUCACAUUGCAGCAUUUAGGGACGUAGACAUGAUCAUGAACUGCUAAAGUUUUUCAACUGACCAUCACAAUGAAGAAGACAGGUGACUUUGAACUUUGAAUUUGAACAUGGCAUGGUUGCUGGUGCUAGUUAGAGUGUUUAAGAAACAGCUGGCUUUGAAUCUCAUCAUAGAUGUGUAGCUGACAAAUCUGCAGCAGCUUUGUGAUGCUAUGGACCAAAAUCUCUGAGGAAUGUUUCCAGCACCUUCUUGUAUCUGUGGCAUGAAGUAUUAAGGCAGCUUUGAAAGGAAAUGAGGGUACAAUCCAGUACUAGUCAGGUACCAAUCUGAAUACAUGAAGUGACCAAUGAGAGUAUGUAUACAAUACAAAGGCCAAAAAUGGCAGAAUGCUGGAAAAUGGAUAUGUUGAAAGAUUUUAUUAUGUUUAUGUUUAGAAGUA